AUGGCAGCUCCCCGUCGGAGCUAUACGGCAGGAUUUAAGCUCAAUGUUGUCGCUUAUGCAAAAGAAAUGGGUAACAGGGCAGCGGGUAACCUUUUCUGUGUGAAUGAAAAACAAAUUCGUUACUGGAAGAAACAAGAAGACCUGUUGAGGUUGAGUCAUAAAUCGAAAAGGGCCAACCGUGGAGGUUCAGCCCGAUGGUCACUUUUGGAAGAUCUGCUGGAGGCAUGGGUGCUGGAACAAGUGGCCGCAGGAAAGACCCGCCUGUGUCCUAAAGUCAUCCAGCAAAAAGCCAAGGCCAUAGCAGGAGAGAAAAACAUACAAGGAUUCAUUGGCGGACCUUCUUGGUGUUUCCGUUUCAUGCGCAGGAAAAAACUGGCAUUUGUCAACGUGAAGGGCAGAAACUGGAUUGUAGGAAAUAUUCCAUCAAAGAUAUAUAAGAAGAAUGAAGAGAAUUUGCGUUUAAAUUUAAUGUUAUCAUCUGGUAACCAAAUGAGAAAAAGUCCACAGACCACAUUGGGGCCAAGGGAGUUGUUACUACCGAACAUUGAAGCUGAAACACAAGAACAAACAGACUUUGCUCCGAAUAAUGUUGAAAACGUUGACGAAAUGAAAGAAGAAAUUCAAGAGGACCAGACAGACUGCAACAUGACAUUAAUGGUCAGUGAUAACCAAUCGUCACACAUGACACAGCAAGGGACUGAUUCCGUUGUCAUGGAUACGUACCAGCCUUCAUCAAAACGGUUGCUAGUUGUUCCAGAACAUCAGUACAGUAUGAUGUCAAGUUUAUCAUCCAUGUGGAAGGAACAAAAAAUGUGUGAUGCUUCAAUUGGAAAUGGCACGACAAUCAUUAUGGUCCACAAAGUUGUUCUGAUGGCCAUUUCCCCGACAUUGUUGUCAAGUUCUGAGGUGAGAAACAAUUGCUUUUUGCGAGUGAACUUUCCGGCCAACAUCAGUGAGAAUGCAAUGCGGGCUGACUACACUGUCACACCUUGCUACCCAAUCAGACUCCUUUUCACCACAAUUCUCGUUACAACGUAA